CUGCUACCGGGUGAUGAAGAAGAAGACCUGCUCGACAUCGAUGACGCAGGGCGCCGUCCACUUCUGCAACAUCACCGCUGUUGCAAAAAAAGUGCAACAAAACCUCUGUUGCAAAAAAAUCGACAACAAAAUCUUCGUUGCAAAAAAGAUCGCAAUAAGACCUCUAUUGUAAAAAAUAAUAUCCGCAACAAGACCUUUCUUGUAAAAAGAAUCCGCAACACAAUCUCUGUUGCAAAAGUAUUCCGCAACAUAACCUCCGUUGCACAAAAAUCCGGCAACACAACCUCUGUUGUACAAAAAUCCCGCAACACAACCUCUAUUACAAAUGUUUCUGCAACAAGGUCUUUGUUGCAAAGUAGAGAUAAGACGUUGACCCCACUAGAUCUAUGUCAGAUCCCACGGCUUGCGAGGCGACGGCGGCCGAUGCGUAGCAGCCCCCAUUCUUUAUACACUACACUUUUUGGCAAACGAAUUAAACUUCUUUAUUCAGAAUUCGAUCUGACUGAGAGAGUGAGUGGUCUCUUCACUGGGCCUGGCCAAAGGCCCAACAGUGUUUUGAGGGAGGCCGAAGGCAACGGUGUUUUGAGGGAGGCCGAAGGCCCAACUUACUUUACUUACUUCUAUCUUCAUGCUUGUCAAUGUCUCGAAAAAAUAAAUCUUCAUGCUUUGGCUGCCGAUUGCUGCACCUCGCCGGCCCGCUUCGGCGCCGGCAGUGCCGCCGUCGCCCUCCCCCGCCACCGCGCGGCUUUGGAGCACCCCCUACCAAAACACGAGACCGUUCCGCCCGGCACCACCUCGCCGCCCACCACCGCCCCGCACGAGCGCCCAUUCCCCAACCCUCGUCGGGGCCGCCGGUCGACAGACCAACCACGGCUAGGAGUCUCUGGGAAAGCCAAGGCGAUCAACUUGGAAGAAGCACUUUGGUUGGUGCCAGUUCGCUGUCCUCGUGGUCGAUGGCCAACACUCUGUCUUCAUGGUUCAGCGGCACCUGUGACUGAUGCCGUCGGCUGUGUUACUGAGAUAUCCUAACAUCCGCCUCAAUGGCUCUGCUCUGUGCAGCCAUUGGAUACUUGUGUCUUAUCGUCUCUUUUCAAGUUAACCUGCAGACUCGGUAGUUUACCAGCAUGUAAACCGUCUCAGAAUUUGCAUCUAUCGAAGUUGUUGUGCUCUUGCAUUACGGCUAUUGUUUGGGUAACCAACCUUUUCUGUCUUCUUUUUGUGAUAACUAAUUCCUAUAUGCUUCUUCAUCUCGUUCUAGAAGCACAGCAGGUUUGCCGGGAUACUGAAAUUAGCAUUUGUACCAUAAAAGAGCUCCUGGAUAACUAGGUGAUUUGUAGAUACAGAAGCUCAAAUACAGCGCUGUUGCUUAAUUAAGAUUUAUCACUUUCCUUUGCGACUUUUUGGAAGUUCCUUUCGUGUGGCCUGUGAUACUACUUAGUUUGUCAUUCUUUUCUAGAUUAUGUUACUUUGUAUUUUCUGGCUUUUUUCCUGUUCUUUGAUUUCGCUGCUCCUUUUGGAAACCUUUUUCAUGGCUGGUAAUUUGUUCUAGCAACAGUGAUGUUGAACCUUUGCGGUCACUCCCAUUGACUGACUUCUCUUUCGUGACACAAUGGCACUGUUGAACGGAGCUUGUGUGUCCUCGGGGGAAAAAGGAGUUUCAUCAGUCAGCUCCCAGAUAUUGACUAGCUUGUGUUACUUGGGCAAUGCAGUUGGGCAGGUGACUUGGCUUUCUGUUAACAGACAGUCUCAUUCACCACAACCACAUAUAUACGUGGCCGUCUGUCUCAUUCACCACCAUACUGGCCAGCUUCCAUUGUUGGCUGGGUCCUGUGCUUUCUUCACAGGAUGACCAAGUCUUCAGUCUCUGUAGACAUAUGCCCGUCCAGACAAGUUUGUAUAAUAGACUGCCAACCUACUGCUGACCCAUUCUACUAUUGCCAAUCUAUACUGCUGACUAAUGACCUCCAUUUUCUUGCCAACGCAGCUGACAUCUCAAGAGCAGUAAAUCUUUUCUAUAAUAGACAUGCUGGCUGUUCGACUGGAGGGGCAAACACAGAGUCUAUCCAGCCACACCCUUGAGCGAUGGCACCACAAUACAAGCUCUCAUGUUUGACAGCUUUGCAUAUGCUGCUAUGCAUAGCCAGUGCAAUCAGCCCGGAAGGAGAAGCACUCCUCCGGUGGAAGUCCACUUUGCUCAAUUCCACCUACCUGUCAUCAUGGUCGCAUGCCGAAUCGACCUGCAAUUGGUUCGGCGUCACCUGUGGCCAUGCCGGCCAUGUUACCGCACUCGACCUAUCCUGGUUAAGCCUCAAUGGCACGCUCGACGCCUUGUACUUCCCGGCGUUCCGGAACAUCACCACACUCGACCUCUGUGGCAACAACCUCGUCGGUACCAUCCCAGAAAACAUAUCGCUGCUGCUCACCUUGACCUACCUGGAUUUGAGCAACAACUAUUUUGUUGGUGUGACCCCCCAUCAACUCGGCAAGCUCCCAUGGAUUCAUUACAUCGAUCUGGGAAAUAACUACUUAACCAACCCAGACCCUGCCAAGUUCUUGCCUUUGUCCACCGUGCAGACCUUACAUCUAAAUGAUAACAAUCUCAACGGCACUUUUCCACAGUUCAUCCUGAACCGCACCAAUGUUAGGUUGGAGGACCUCGACCUAUCAGGUAACUUCUUCUCGGGUUCAAUACCUGAGACUCUGCCAGAUAUGGUUCCAAAUUUACUAUUUCUUGAUAUGUCCUCCAACAUGUUCUCCGGACUCAUACCGAGUGAAUUCGGUAACCUUACUAGUCUUGAGUCCUUGCACCUAUCGUGGAACAUGCUAUCUGGAGGUUUGCCACCAUCCUUUUCAAUGAUGGGCCAAAUUCUAAACUUUGAUGUUGGGAACAACCACCUUCUCAGUGGCAACAUCCCACUAGAAUUGUUUUCAAACUGGACUGAACUUGGCUUUUUCAGUAUUGCAAACAACUCCUUCACCGGAAGCAUUCCACGGGAGAUCAGCAGAUGGGAGUCCCUGCAGUACCUCCUCCUUUCUGGCAACUGCUUCAACAGCUCAAUCCCCACGGAGCUAGGAUCUUCCCUGCGGGUGCUAGACUUGUCCAAUAACCAUCUUACAGGCAUGAUACCAUCGGGGUUUGGUAAAUUAUCAUUCUUAUUACAAUUCCUUGACCUUAGCAGCAACCACUUGGAGGGAGAGAUUCCAGCGAGCUUGUCGCUCCUAUCUGUCAACUACAUAUUCUUGUUCGGUAACAGGUUGACAGGUGUCAUCAACAAGGAUUUCUGUAAGCAACGUCAUCUACAGUUCUUGGACCUAUCAAACAAUCUCCUGUCUGGAAUGCUCCCUGGUUGCUUAUGGAACCUGCCUAAUCUUACAUACAUGGAUUUGUCAAGCAAUGCCUUUGUUGGAGAAGUCACAACCUUGACGAAUGAUGCUUCUCCAUUAGAAUCAGUACAUUUGUCCAACAACAGCUUCUCUGGAUAUUUUCCAUCUCUUAUAAAGAACUUGGAAAGCUUAGUAAUUUUGGAUCUUGGAGACAAUAUGUUUUCUGGCACAAUUCCUUCAUGGAUAGGAGCUAGCCUCUCUAUGCUAAGAAUUCUCCGACUACGGUCAAAUAUGUUUCAUGGAAGUAUUCCUUGGGAGGUAUCACAACUCUCUCAUCUCCAGUUGCUUGACCUAGCUGAAAACAAUCUUACAGGUUCUAUUCCAGUAAGUUUCGCAAACUUUACUUGCAUGAUAGAGACAACGCCAGAAAUGGAUGUAAGUGCUAUCCUUGCAAGCUUUGAAACAUUCGGGGAUAUGCCUUAUAUGUACACUGGUACGCAUUAUUCAUAUGAUGGUCAGAUGGACAUAAUCUGGAAGGGACGCGAUUAUACUUUCCAUAAGACAAUUACGCUUAUGACUGGUAUUGAUCUGUCAAGCAACUUCCUUUCAGGUGAGAUUCCUGCUCAGUUAGUAAAUCAUCAAGCCCUGCGGUUCCUGAACCUAUCAAGAAAUAAUUUAUCCGGUGGUAUCCCAAAAAACAUUGGGAGUUUGAAAAAUGUGGAGUCUCUUGACCUCUCCUGGAAUAAACUCUCGGGCCGUAUUCCUCCAAGCAUAUCAGAUUUGUUGUGCCUAAGCUUGCUCAAUAUGUCCAACAAUCUACUAUCAGGAGAGAUACCUACAGGCAAUCAGCUCCAAACACUCAAUGACCCGUCAAUAUACAGCAACAACCUGGGACUUUGUGGUCUCCCCCUGAGCACUCCAUGCAAGCAUGAUUCAAGUUCUGCAACAGUGCUGGAUCAGCCAAAUGAACAUGACCAUGAACUUGAAACUUUGUGGCUGUACUACUCAGUGAUUGCUGGAACUGUCUUUGGUUUCUGGAUAUGGUUUGGAACAUUGUUUUUCUGGAACAUCUGGAGGAUUACGUUCUUCAAUUGCAUCGAUGCCAUGCAGCAGACUGUUAUGCAAAAGAUGGUGUCUACCUGGCAACUUUUGGAGGUUUUUCAAGGCUCACCACAUGACAUUCUGCGGUAUCUUAAGCUUGCUCCUGUCCCUAUUGCCCAGCCCCGCAAGACGGUGAUGAUGAUGAAGCGACGCAGUCUUGGUCCCUUCCAAAUCAGUGUUGUUUUUUGGCAGAAAACUGAGAGCUUUAUUUAUACGAAAGUGUUUGCUGGGCAAUCAGCUAGCAAGCCGCUGACCAGAAAACUCGGAGUUUCAGAGAGCCAGCUCUCGGUAACAGUCACAGUACAAGCACGCUUGGCACAUAAGUGCCACAACGGAGCAGCCAUUGCGGCGAGAGUUCCAAACCAGCGUAUUGCCAAAGGCCUUUUACAAGGGUGCAAGGAAACUCUUAUGCGUCUCAUUUUUCCUGCUGAUAUACACAUCCAAGGCGAUCAACCCGGAAGCAGAAGCCCUUCUCCAAUGGAAAUCCACUUUGAUUGGCAGCACCAAGUCACUAUCCUCAUGGUCGAUUGCCAACUCUACCUGCUCUUGGUUCGGCUCCAUGGUACGCUUCACGCCUUAUACUCUCCAGCGUUCCAGAACCUCACAGUGCUCAGCCUCAACAACAGCAACCUUGUUGGCGUUGUCCCAGCAAACAUCUCCCUGUUUCUCAGCCUCACUGUUCUCGACUUGAGCUAUAACAAUCUUGUUGGUGCCAUCCCUUACGAACUCAGUCACCUCCCAAUGAUUGUUAAGUUAAAAUUGGGAAAUAACCACUUGACCAACCCAGAAUAUGCCAGCUUCUCACCUAUGUCCAGUUUGAAGUUGUUAUCUCUAGCCAAUAAUAAUCUCAGUGGUGCCUUCCCACAGUUCAUCACCAACUGCACAGGGAUGAUAGGCCUCGAUCUAUCGGCUAACGCCUUCUCAGGGCCGUUACCAGAUUCACUGCCGCAGAUGGUCCCAAGGUUGGGGUACCUGAAUCUGUCCUUUAAUGGAUUCUCUGGCUCGAUACCUCGCCCAUUCUCAAGGUUCCAAAAGCUCGAGGCACUAGAUCUAGGGAAUAAUAAUCUCACAGGAGGAAUUCCAGAGGAGCUUGGGAUGAUGUCUGCAUUGAUAUUGCUAUGCCUUUACAGCAACCCGCUUGGUGGGUCAAUCCCUGCCUCACUCGGCCAGCUUCACUCGCUCGAGGAUCUUGCCAUAAGUGAUGCUGAUUUGGUUUCUACUCUUCCACCUGAGCUGGGGAACCUUACUAGUCUUACCGGCGACAACAAUAUCAAUGGUACCAUCCCCUCAGAGAUGUUUACAAACUGGACAAACCUUGAGGUAUUCGAUGUUGCAAACAACUUAUUAGCUGGAAACAUCCCAUCACAGAUCAGCAACUGGGAGGUGUUAUAUAUUCUCAGCCUCUCCGGAAACAACUUUACUGGCUCGAUACCGCUGGAGAUGGGAAACAUGCCAUACAUGCAAAAAAUGGAUUUGUCAAAGAAUCAUCUUACGGGAACAAUACCAUCUCAUAUCGGUAAUUUGUCAUAUGUGUAUUUCAUUGACAUCAGUGCCAACCAUCUUGAGGGUGAGCUUCCUGAAACCAUCUCCUUGUUGGCAUAUCUUGCUGUUCUCAACUUGUCUGGCAACAAGUUUACAUGUAUCAUUACUAACGUCGACAACAAGCAGUUGCCAGUUGUCAAGGUGACCAAGAAUAGCAGCUUCUUUGGAGAAUCACUGUCUGCCUUCUGUAACCUAACCAGUCUCCAAUUCCUGGAUCUAUCGAACAAUCAACUGUUCGGAGAUCUCCCUGGUUGCUUGUGGAACUUGAAAGAACUACACUCCUUGGAUCUGUCGACCAAUGCUUUUGCCGGGGAAGUUCCAACCUCGACUCACUAUAGUUCUUCGCUAAGGUCGCUGCACCUGUCAAACAAUAACUUCACAGGUUCCAUACCAGAAAGCUUUGUCAACUUUUCCUUGAUGAGACAGACAUCCAUAAAGCAGCCGGUUAUAAUAAGUAGCAUAUUAUAUACUACUACCAACCAUGAAGAUUUUGAAAAUGGUCGCAUGGACAUAACUUGGAAGGGACGUGAGUACACCUUUCAGGGAAGAGAUGCAUUUGUGACUGGUAUUGAUCUCUCUGGCAAUUCUCUCUGUGGUGAAAUUCCUUCAGAGUUGACAAAUCUUAGAGGCAUCCAGUUACUAAAUCUGUCAAGAAAUUAUCUAUCUGGUGGUAUCCCGAAGGACAUUGGCAGUCUAAAGUUGUUAGAAUCCCUCGACCUCUCGUGGAACAAACUAUCAGGUCCUAUUCCUCCUAGCAUAACAAACUUGAUAUUCCUCACCUCUCUUAAUCUCUCGAACAACCUUCUAUCCGGAGAAAUACCUGCAGGCAAUCAACUCCAAACAUUGGACGGCCCUGCAAUUUAUAGCAAUAACCUGGGACUUUGUGGCUCUCUGUUGAACAUUUCGUGUAAAAAUAGUUCAAGUCUGACGACCACUUCACAUCAAGAUCUUGAAGCCAUUUGGAUGGACUACUCAGUGAUUGCUGGGACAGUUUCUGGUUUGUGGUUAUGGUUUGGUACACUGUUUUUCUGGGAGAUCUGGAGAUGCGCUUUCUUGAGUUGCAUAGAUGCCAUGCAACAGAAAGUUAUGAACAAGAUGAAGCAUACCUGGGAGUAUAGGAAGCUGUCCAAGUAUUGA